AAAUCAAACUAUAGUGACCUAACCGCACGUGGAGUCAUUGGAAUUAUUUUAUUUGAAAAAACAACGAGUUGUCUGAAUUAAAAUGGUAAAGGUACAAAAACCAGCUCCGAAAUCCUUUAAGGAUACCCCCAAUAAACCCAACAAAGUAAAGGGCGUUAAAAAGGAAAAAGCAGUCAAAGAAGAAAAGGCCCUGCCAGCAACAAAUGUUGAAGCAAAGAAGGCAAAGAAAAAACUGGUGGAAAAGGCUGUCCAGGAACAAAAGUUGCAGGAGCAAGUUAAGCCAGUUAAGAAUGUAGAAAAGGCUAAUAAGGAAGGACAGAAGGGUAAGGGUAAGAAGGAAAAGCAAGGGGAAGCAGCAAAACCCCAACAGGCUCCAAAAGAAAAGACGGCUCCAAAGAAACCAGUUGCUGAGACAAAUCAAGCACAAAAGAAAAAGCCUGCCGCCGUAGAGAAACCACAACCUAAUUCCAAAAAACAAGAAACUAAGGAACAACAAAAUACAAAACAAAAGAAAAACAAUGGCCCACAACAACAAGUUCAAGGGCAAAAUAAGAAAGCAGCUCCUCAGCAACAGAAAAAGGAAGGCAAAAAUGUAAAGAAAGUCGGCGCUGCUGCCAAGAAUAAAGCCAACACCCAACAAAAAAAGAAAACUCUGAAGGCGGGCAAAUCGAAACCCCAGGUGGACAAGAAACAAAAGAAAAAGAAGAAGCAAGAUAAAUUGGAGUCCCUGGAACCUAUCCCCGUCGACGAGGAACAAUUCAAGAAGGCUGUAAAUUUAGAAAAUGUCAAGAAGAUUGCCAAAGCUCUUAAGACCUUGGUGGAAAAGGAAGUUAGCGAAAAGAAAAAUGCCUCCAUUUUCAGUGACUACAGAUACUUUUUGAAUGUUAGCAGCUACAAGAUUCCCAAUUGUCCCAAACGUAUGGUUAAAUUGAACCUGCAACACUCCCUUGUCAAGCCUGGAGAUGACGAUGUUGUGAUUAUUGUACCAGAUCUACAACGUGGUGCCAAGGUUGAUUAUGAACCCACCAUUCAACAUUACGAGGACUUGUUCCGUGAGGCAGGUGUGGAAAACCUUAAAAUUGUACCCUUCAACCAAUUGCGCAAGGAAUGCACAAAUUUUGAGGCCAAACGUAAAUUUGCCAACACCUAUGAUUACUUUUUGUGCGAUGGUCGCAUCCAAGGCCACGUGGUUGGUUUCUGUGGCAAUCCCUUUCAAAAGCCACGCACAACAUUCCAUGCUGUGCGUUUGAAUGACCCAAAAAAAAUCAAACAAGAAGUUGAGCGUUCAUUGAAACGUACCGGCUAUAGACAGCUGACAAAGGGUGACUUGAUAUCCAUACCUGUGGGUAAUCAUCAUUACGGUGUAAAUGAGUUGGCCGAAAACAUUAUGUGUGUCGUUGAACAACUGAAAACUAUCUAUCCCGGUGGUUGGGGCAACAUUAGACACAUGAAUUUGAAAAUUGAUAUUAAGGGUACCUCGUCCAUGCCAAUCUAUGCCAAUUUGGCUGGUCCACCCGCUGAAACACCCAAUGUCAUUGGAAUGCGUGAACAACGUAUGCUCAAGCUGAAGAAGGAAGCCAAUGAGGUGUUGGAACAAUUUAAUCUCAGCAAGACUGGUGAAUUUGUGAAAUUGGAUAAGGAACAAGUUCAGCGUAAACGUCAAAUUAAAGAGGCUCGCAAGGCAGUGUUGGUGAAUGAGGAUGAUGAUGAGGAAGAAGAGGAGGAUGAAAAUGAGGAGGUGCCAGCCAAAAAGGCAAAGAAAGAUAAAAGUGCCAAACCUGUAACAGAAGAGAAGGAGGAGGAAGAUGAUGAUAGUGAGGAUGAGGAAGAAAAUGAAGUUGAUGGGGAUGAAGAUGAUGAUGAUGAAGAAGCGGAAGAUGAUGAUGACGAGGAGGAUGAUGAUGAUGACGAUGAAGAAGAUGAUGAUGACGAGGAGGAGGAUGAUGAGGAUGAGGACGACGAUGAUGAUGAAUAAAGUAAUUACAUUUAGCCCUUAGUUUUAUGUUAAGUUUUUAUCCAUAGUUCCCUUUAUACUUUUUAUUAUGUACAUUACGUAGUACAUAAAGAAUAAAUGCAUUUUAGAACUAGAAUAAUA